GCUCCGUACUUGGGCGCCACUACUUGGGCGCCACUGCUUUGGCCGUCUUACCUCCGCGCUGCCAUGGCGGUGUCUGCCCGGUCCGCGCGGGUCCCGCCGGACUCACAUAAAGUACAGAAAGACAAGGCUGGACAGUCUUCAGGGCCCAGGCAGGGCAGCGGAAUGGGGACACUCUUGGGGUUUGAGUGGACAGAUGUUUCCAGCUGGGGAAGGCUGGUGACCCUGCUGAAUCGACCAACGGAUCCUGCCAGCCUGGCUGUCUUCCGUUUUCUUUUUGGGCUGAUGAUGGUGUUGGACAUUCCCCAAGAACGGGGGCUCAGCUCCCUGGACCGACGAUACCUGGAUGGGCUAGAUGUGUGCCGCUUCCCUUUGCUGGAUGCCCUGCAGCCGCUACCACUUGACUGGAUGUAUCUUGUCUAUACCGUCAUGUUUCUGGGGGCCCUAGGCAUGAUGCUGGGCCUGUGCUACCGGAUGAGCUGUGUUUUAUUCCUGCUGCCGUACUGGUAUGUGUUUCUCCUGGACAAGACGUCAUGGAACAACCACUCCUAUCUGUAUGGUUUAUUGGCCUUUCAGCUAACAUUCAUGGAUGCAAACCACUACUGGUCUGCUGACGGCCUGCUGAAUGCCUGUAAGCGGAAUGCCCACGUGCCCCUCUGGAACUAUGCUGUGCUGCGUGGCCAGAUCUUCAUCGUGUACUUCAUUGCGGGCGUGAAGAAGCUGGACGCGGACUGGGUUGAGGGCUAUUCCAUGGAAUAUCUGUCCCGGCACUGGCUCUUCGCUCCCUUCAAACUGGUACUGUCUGAGGAGAUGACCAGUCUGCUGGUGGUGCACUGGUGCGGACUGCUGCUCGACCUCUCAGCGGGUUUCCUGCUCUUUUUUGAUGCCUCGAGGUCCAUCGGCCUCCUCUUCGUGUCCUACUUCCACUGCAUGAAUUCCCAGCUCUUCAGCAUUGGAAUGUUCCCCUACGUCAUGCUGGCCAGCAGCCCUCUCUUCUGCUCCCCUGAGUGGCCCCGGAAGCUAAUAUCUCGCUUCCCCGAAAAGCUGCAGGAACUACUGCCCCUCAAGGCUGCCCCUCAACCCAGUGAGUCCUGCAUGUACAAGAGGAGCCGGGCCAAAGGUGGCCAAAAGCCAGGGCUGCGCCAUCAGCUGGGUGCUGCCUUCACCCUGCUCUACCUCCUGGAGCAGCUGUUCCUGCCCUAUUCCCAUUUCCUCACCCAGGGCUAUAACAACUGGACAAAUGGGCUGUAUGGCUAUUCCUGGGACAUGAUGGUGCACUCACGCUCCCACCAGCACGUGAAGAUCACCUACCGGGACGGCCGCACUGGCGAGCUGGGCUACCUUAACCCUGGGGUAUUCACACAGAGCCGGCGAUGGAAGGAUCACGCAGACAUGCUGAAGCAAUAUGCCACUUGCCUGAGCCACCUGCUUCCCAAGUACAAUGUCACUGAGCCCCAGAUCUACUUUGAUAUUUGGGUCUCCAUCAAUGACCGCUUCCAGCAGAGGAUUUUUGACCCUCGUGUGGACAUCGUGCAAGCCACCUGGUCCCCCUUCCAGCGUACACCUUGGCUGCAGCCACUGUUGAUGGACCUGUCUCCCUGGAGGACGAAGUUACAGGAAAUCAAGAGCAGCCUGGACAACCACACUGAGGUGGUCUUCAUUGCAGAUUUCCCUGGGCUGCACCUGGAGAAUUUUGUGAGUGAAGACCUGGGCAAUACUAGCAUUCAGCUGCUACAGGGGGAGGUGAUUGUCGAGCUGAUGGCAGAACAGAAGAAUCAGACUCUUCAGGAAGGAGAAAAAAUGCAGUUGCCUGCUGGUGAGUACCAUAAGGUGUAUACGAUAUCAUCCAGUCCUUCCUGCUACAUGUACAUCUACGUCAAUACUACAGAGCUUGCAUUGGAGCAAGACCUGGCAUAUCUACAAGAAUUAAAGGAGAAGGUGGAGAAUGGAACUGAAACGGGGCCUCUACCUCCAGAGCUGCAACCUCUGCUGGAAGGAGAAGUACAAGGGGGCCCUGAGCCAACACCGCUGGUUCAGACCUUUCUUAGACGCCAGCGAAGGCUCCAAGAGCUUGAACGCCGGAGAAAUACCCCUUUCCACGAGCGGCUCUUCCGCUUCUUGCUGCGGAAGCUCUAUAUUUUUCGCCGCAGUUUCCUGAUGACUUGUAUCUCACUUCGAAAUCUGGUAUUAGGCCGCCCUUCCCUGGAGCAGCUGGCCCAAGAGGUGACUUACGCAAACUUGCGACCCUUUGAGCCAGCUGGAGAGUCGAGUCAUUCAAACACAGAUUCUUCAAAUUCUAAUCCUCCUGAACCAAAUUCUGACCCUGUCCACUCAGAGUUCUGAUGGGGGCAGAUGUUGGGUACAGAUGUGGGAGCAACCAGUCAUAGGACCAUUAACCUAUGCAGUGGAGAUGUGAAGAAAUUGAUAUUUUAUCCUUUUUUUUUUCUGUGUCUAUAGUUCUUUUAAAUUCAGAGAGGAUACUUUAGAGAAGCCAAGCAAGGAUAAGCUUUAUCAAAUCAAGGUUGAGGAGCUAGGAGGGGUUUAAAAGCAAUAUGAAAAUGCCCUUCUAGGAUAAAGGGGUAAGAGGUUUACAGUGACUGGCUCCUUGGGGAAAGAGGUUUAAUGUACCAUGAUGACAGUAACACCUCACUGUUCUCGAGUACUUGCCAUAUGCUAGGUACUGUGAGAACCAUUGUGCCCGUGUUACUGCAUUUAGUCCUUACUGACCGUCAGCCCAAUCUUACAGUUGGAGACAGUGAGGCUGAGACAACAUAAUUUGCUCAAAGGCAAUACCUAGUAAGAGAUGUAUCGAUGGUUUGAAUCUCGUCUGUUUGACUUAAGGUCCCGUACCCUGCCUUUUGUCAUUUGCAGAAUCACUGACAUUAAUUAUGAAAUAAUGUAGCUUCAAAUUUUUCUUCUUAGUUACAGGUAAGAUUAGGAUGGUGAUCAAGUUCUAAAUUCGCAGAGUAAUUUUCUCUUCCCUACAGUUGUAGUUUCUUCAUGGUUCCUAUUAUGUAUACAGCCAGUAAGGUUUUCACUAGCAGCUCUGAGAAUAGUUACAAUAGGACAAGGUUAAACUAAUAAGGAGAUUUAGAUGAUUGGUAGUAGUUCUCUCAAGUGCAGUGUAUUUAGCAUUACUCUAGCCUUUGAUGAGCAGAAAGUGAUGUAGGGAUUAACCAAACUUUGUGAUGGAUUAGGGUAUGUUUGCAGUUAUUUUGUAGGUUUGGAUAUACAGGGUGAUUGAGGAAGCACCUCAAUUCCUUGAAAACUCAAAAGCCUAGCAUUGGGCUAGGAAGUAAGAAUGCAUAGAGAAAAAAGAAAAAAAAAAGGCUCCUGCUCUGGGUGCUUGUUCAUGGUCUCACAGCAAAGACUAGCAGUAAAUUGGCAGUCCCAGUAACUUUUGAUGAAGGAUGGCAUCUCUGUUUUCAGGCUUCGCUUCCCAUGCCCCCCCCCACCCCCAGUCAGUGGUUCUUUCCUAGGCAGCUGCCUUUUCACUGUACACACUUGGUAUGAUUAUGUCCACCUCGUGGUUUCCAGUGCCGCUGCUGCUUAGCUUUCUUUCCUGUGCCCUGGACCUAUAGAUCUAACUAGCUCCACCUGGACAUCCCGCAAAGCUUUCAAACUCUGUGCUAAGCAGAACUUAAUUCAUCCCCAACUCAUACCUGCUUCUCUAUUAGUGAGUGGCAACUGCAUUUUUUCUGGCCAAGCCAUUAAGAGUAUCUUGUCUUGAGUCUUCCUUUUUUUUCCUCACAUUUCCCGAAUUCCAAGUUGUAUCAAUUCUACCUCUUCAAUUUAUUCAUCUCUACUACCUCUGUUCUUUCACCCUUUAUCUUGGAAUCUAGGCAGAGAUAGACCAGAGCAGGUGCAGUUGGGCCUGAAUCAGGGCAUCCCCCUGAAGCCUGACUCCUGUAAGGCAUUGUGUGAGUUAGCUAGCUGUAGGUGCCCCGGGGUAUCUUGAUCACUUGUCAAGACCAGUGUGGGGAAACACGGUUCUCAAUAGUUUUGCACAUCUCAAUGACACAAUAUACCUUGGCACAAUGUCCUUUGCUAGGAAGUUCAGCUAUCUUCUGCUCCCCUGCACUACCCCCGCACCCCCCGACCCAGCUCAUUACUUGACUGGUAAGAAAAGUAGUUCUUCA